UUAUGUCAAUGUUAAGAAACAAGUAGUUACAAUAUUUCAAUUAUAUAUCAAUUAUUACUUUAUUAUCAUAAAAUGUUUUGAAACUGGAUACAGAGAUAAAAGUACAAAUGACAAAAAAGCAUUUAUUCUAAAAGCAAUAAUGGCUAUUCUUUGGCAUCAAAAAUCAACAAUUUCUUUAAAACAAAACAUGAAUAAAUCUAAGGGAAUAGAUGACUAUUUGAGAGUGAAUAAAUAUAUUUUAUCAUUUGUUGGACAAUGGCCCUAUCAAUUACCUAGAGAAAGAAUAUUUUUUCGUUUACUUUGCCACGGAAUAUGUACAUUAAUUAUAAUUCCAGGCUUAAUAGCUUUGUAUGAUGUCAGACAUGAAUCUACUGUUUUUGUUGAAUGCAUUCCACCAUUAUUUGCAGUAUUUGCUAGUUACUGUUAUGCUGUGUCUUAUAGUUUAAACAUGUCGAGGAUAAAAUAUUUAACUGAGAGCAUGAAGAGGGACUGGGAAACAUAUAAAUCUUGUAAAUCGGAGCUAGAAAUUAUAGAGAAAUCUGCCCAACAUGGAAAAACUUUAAUAUUAACUUUUAUGAUUUACUCUUAUGUGAGUACAACUGUUUACGUGAUGUCUCCUCUUCUACCACAGAUACUUGAUGUAAUAUUACCUCUUAAUGAAUCAAGAGAAAGAGCUUAUGUUUUUCAUGUCAACUAUGUUUUUAUGGAAAAUGAUAAUCACUACAAUUUCAUAUUUAUACAUGCAAUAACUUCAGCAUAUUUAACGUUAACGAAUAUAAUUGCAAUUGAUUUUAUCUUUCUUGCCACUGUUCAACAUGCUUGUGGAAUGUUUCAACUCUUAGGUUACAGACUAUCAAAAGUUGCGGACAAAAACUAUAUUUGUAACCGUAAUAUGAUUGAAGACGACAAGGUGAACAAAAGGAUGGUCAGUUGUAUAAAACUAUACAAUAAAAUACUCAAAUUUACAGAUAAUAUUGAGCUUAGCUUUUCAACUAUGUUUUUUAUCAUCAUUGGUAUUAAUAUGCUAAUGAUCAGUUUUCAAGGAGUACAGAUUGUAUUAAAUUUGAACAACACACAAAUUCUUAUGAGAUUUGGCUCAUUUUUCAUGGGACAAAUUAUUCAUUUAUAUUUUAACACCAUUCCUGGUCAAUUGUUAAUUGAUGAAAGUUCUAAAGUCAGUCAAUAUUGUUAUGACAGUAAUUGGACCAAUAUGACAACAAAAUCUCAAAAACUUUUAUUAUUUAUGCUAUUAAGAGCAUCUCGAGAGUGUAAAGUAUCUGCUGGAAAGGUUUACGUAAUUUCCAUGGAGAAUUACAGUUCAGUUAUAAAAACGUCAUUUUCAUACUUAAGUGUAUUAUCUUCGGCGCAGUAACAAAAGUGGCAACAACAAAUUAAAUUUGAAUAAAAUACAAAAAUUGUCAGUAGCAAAACUGUAAAAGGAGAAAUAAGUGACAAUAUUAAUAAUAAAUAAGUAAAAAAGUCUGUAUAUAAAAUCAUUCCUGCCUUUUACUUUUAGUCCUUCUAAGAGGACCAUCCUCAAAAAAUAAAUCAAGUUCAUACGAAAGUGACGGGUGAUAUUUGUCGCAAGGCAAUAAAGACAAAGACAAAGACACUGAUUCUAAAUUACAAUUAGACGAAACAAUAUCCAAUAAGGAACCAUGAUCAUUAAUAGGGGCAGAUCCAGCUUUCAGAAUAGGGGGUGGUCAGCUCGUAUAAUUGUAUAUUUUGUCUGACACAAGAGUCUCACAGAGUGGUGAGGAAUACAGUGAGGUAGCAUUAGUAAACUCAUCAAAAAGAGUACCUUAACCAUCUCGAAUUUAUCAAAUUGGUCAUGAUCCCAAAUCUGGAUUGCGAUUUUGAAGAUUGCUGAGGAAUAAAUUAUUAAUGCGGGGUAUACUGACCAAGAGUGAUAAAGUCAUUCCGUAACAAUUUGAAAUUCUAUUUCUUCUAUCCUUUCUGGCAUUUAUAUAUUUUUAUCGACAAUUAUUAAUUCAAUAGUUACUGUUCUUUAAAAGUUAAUAAUGUUCGUGACAUCAUAUUAUUUUCAAGUUUUCAUAAAAUACUUUCACUUAAUACAUUUAAAACAAUUUUUCAGUCGACAGAUUUAAAAUUUUGCUUUAACAUAUAUAACACUUUAUGUGAAUUGAUAGAAACAACGAUUGAUACUGAAAUCUUUAGAAGACAAAAUAAUUUCAGAUUCUACUACAAAUAUUGUCUGUAAUGGGAAGUAUUAGUAAGAUAAUAGACGCAUAGAGGGUGGAUGAAUAAAUUAAGCUCAAAUGACACGUUUAAUGCAUAUAUGUCACCCACUGACUUAAAAUUCAUUGUAACUGAAUUUAAUAUUCUAUAGUUCUUGGCAAUCCAUUAAAUGUAUCAACUAAUCAAUAAUCUGAUUUUCCAAAGAGCAAUUUCUACUUACAUUUCAAAAUAUGUAGAAGAUGCCCGAUGACUAUGUAUAGACAAAGCAUUUCUUAUUUUGUAGUAUUCAAUACAUUUAAAUUAUGUCAAUGU